AUGGAGGAACAUGAAGAUAAUCAGUACUGUUUUCAAGAUGGAAACUCUUCUUGCAGAAAGACUUCAAUAUCAACAUCCAUUUAUGUAACCCUGUACAUCUUCUUCUCAUUGAUUUCAGUGGUUACAGUAUUUUUGAACCUACUGGUGAUCAUCUCCAUCUCUCACUUCAAGGUGCUUCACUCUCCAACCAACCUGCUCAUCCUCUCUCUGGCUGUGUCAGAUCUCCUGGUGGGACUCAUUGUGAUACCAGCAAUGACUGCAGCAAUACUGGAGUCAUGCUGGGUUUCUGGGGAAUAUUUCUGUGCGUUGCUCCUCUACAUACUUUAUUUAUGUACUUCUUCAUCUGUUGGUAAUUUAGUCUUGAUAUCUAUUGACCGUUAUGUUGCUGUGUGUGAUCCAUUAAUGUACCACAUGAAAAUAACAACAAAAAGAACAAUGUGUUCUGUAUCCGUAACUUGGUUUUGUUGUAUCACAUAUAAUGCCGUUCUUAUAAAACUAUCUAUAAAUGAACAGGUACCCAGAAAAUGUUUUGAAGAAUGUUUUUUUGUUCAAGUUGAUUACUGGCUUGGUUUGACUGACUUUUUAAUUACAAUGAUUACCCCAAGUUCUACUAUCAUAACACUUUAUUUGAAAAUAUUUUUGGUGGCCAAAUUGCAAGCUAGAAAAGUAUGUUCUAAAGGGCCUGCUACUGUGUCUGAUGUUAAAACUGUACAGGCAGAUAAGUCUGAGAGAAAAGCAACCAAAACUCUGGGUAUUGUUGUUUUCAACUAUCUCCUAUGUUGGAAUCCAUUCAUGUAUUUAUUUUUGAAUUUUUCAAAAGACAAUUUAUCAUCAUAUACCAUCUCCUUUCUUUCACUUGUUAAUUCCUUCAUUAAUCCAAUAAUUUAUGCUUUCUAUUACCCAUGGUUCAAAGUGACAGCUAAAAGUAUUUUAGGUCUGAAAUAA